GUUAGGUUGUUUUACUGUGUUUGCAUAUCUAUGAAUGUGAAAGCUUUACUAUUUUUUCUAAAUUUUCACCAUUUUCUCGUCAUAGAGUCAGGGCUACUCAUUUUCCAAAGGGAGAGGGAAUAAACCAUCUCUCUUUCCUCAUCAGCUCCAUUUGCAUUUGUUUUUCUGAUUCCUCCUCUUUUCUUUUCUCUUUCUUGUAUAUAUUCAUUAUGGUGCUAUGUUCUUGUAAUUGUUGCAAUUAUGUAAUCAACAAAUAAUUCUAGCUGAAAUUUGAGGUGGGCUUUUCUGAUUUCUGAAAGUUCUGCAUUUGUUUGGGAAAUAAUCAGCCAAAUCAAAGACAAAAAAAAUGAGUUGCUUUUCUUGCAUGAGCCCUCGUCCUAAGAAUGUUAGAGAAUAUGAUGAAGACAUGGUCCAACGAUCCAACAGUUCUGCAGUGCACGCUAGGGGGGAAUCUAGUGAUUCUGGAAGUGGAAGUGGGAGAAAGGAAGGUUCUUCGAAAGGUAAAAGCAGGGAAAGUAACAACCAGAGCAGCGAUGUCGCUCGCAGUUUCACAUUCAAGGAGCUUACCACAGCAACUCAGAAUUUUAGGGAAACUAAUCUUAUCGGAGAAGGUGGUUUUGGAUGUGUCUACAAAGGCCGCCUUGAUUCUGGCUUGAUUGUCGCAAUCAAACAACUUAAUCUUGAAGGCCUUCAAGGGAACCAAGAAUUUAUUGUGGAGGUCCUGAUGUUGAGUUUACUACAUCAUAAAAAUCUUGUUAACCUGAUUGGAUACUGCACUCAUGGAGAUCAGAGGCUUUUGGUUUACGAGUUCAUGCCAAUGGGUAGCUUGGAGAAUCAUCUUUUUGAUUUAGAACCGGGGACGGAGCCACUGAGUUGGAGAACAAGACUAAAGAUUGCUGCAGGCGCAGCUCAUGGACUUGAGUAUCUACACAAAGCAAAUCCGCCCGUCAUUUACCGUGACUUGAAAACAUCAAAUAUAUUAUUGGACAAUGAAUUCAAUCCAAAGCUAUCAGAUUUUGGACUUGCAAAGCUCGGACCUGUAGGUGACAACACUCACGUUUCAACAAGAGUGAUGGGAACCUAUGGAUAUUGUGCCCCUGAGUAUGCCAUGACUGGAAAGUUGACUUUGAAAUCUGACAUCUAUAGCAUGGGUGUUGUUCUAUUGGAGCUAAUAACGGGGCGAAAGGCUUAUGACACCUCUAAGAAACCUGGAGAACAGAACCUUGUUGUUUGGUCUAGUCCUUUCCUCAAGGACCGGAGGAAGUAUGUUCAUAUGGUUGAACCGUCGUUGCAUGGUCAGUUCUCUGCUCGCUGUUUGCACCAUGCAGUUGCUAUUACCGCAAUGUGUCUUCAGGAACAAGCCAAUUUUCGCCCCAUGAUCAGCGAUAUUGUUACAGCCCUUGACUAUCUUGUCGCUCAAGCACAAAACUCAGGUCCACAUAGAGGUGGUUCACACUCUGGCAAGCAAACGUCUCCAUCAGAAGAAGAGUUUAACGGCAGUACAAGAAAGCGAAGUUUUGAAAACAUCUCUGUUACAUUUUAAGUUUUUUUCUGAUCAAACUGCUAGAUUCACAACAUAAUGAAAAUGGAGGUGCAUUUUUUGUUUGGACGUUACAACAGACGAUAUCAGUCAAUUCAGCUUCUGAUUAUGAGAUGAUGUUUCAAUGAAUCAAGAAGAACUUCAAUGGAUUUGCAAAAAUGCUGUAGACAGCUCUUUCUCUGUACUUUGGCUGCUUGUAACCUGGAUCAAGGAACCAUUGAUUGUUUCAGAUAUCUGUAUUUGGUCUAUAUGGAAAACUAAAAACAAGGAUGUAUAUUAGCGUCGAGAUUGUAUAUACCCUUACUUUUCGUAAUUUCAUGCUUAUAAUUGUGAUCAUGUAUAAGCUAAUAUAUUAUUAUUUAUUAGAACAACAGAUAAGAUUAUUGAUGACACAUUAUUUGA